AUGUUGAUCCCGUCGAUGGUAAGAUCGUGGAGCGGCCAGGAUUCGAGCGUACGACGUGCGGGAGGCGUUCACAAAUACAAUUACGACGCCAAAAACGACCUCAUCACCAUGGUUCUACUUACAAGGAGGGACCCGAGUGAGUGUGAUUGCUCUCAGUCUGUCUUACCCCUUCAUCCGGACGAGGCAGAUUGUUGACAGCACAUUGGCAGCAAGCAUAUGAACCACCGACGUAGCUCUCGCCGAUCGUCUAAGGCGUUCAAGUAUCAACUAAAUCAGUUGAUGUAAUGAUUUCUCCUCAUUAAGCCAAU